AUGCUCAUCAGUAGUUCCUCAAACAAACGUUCUUCCUUGCCAUCAUCAUCGAAUGGCAAAAAUUAUGAAAUGACAAUUUCAGUUGAAGCAUCAUUGAUGGAUGCUAUACGGAGCUUGUGUUUUCAGAAACGAGUUAGAAUCAAUGAAUUUUUUCUUGACUUUGAUAAAUUGAGAUCGGGUUUUGUUUCCUUGCAGCAGUUUCGAAGAUGUUUGAGUAUGUUCGGAAUGGAAUUGAGAGAUGAAGACUUUGACAAUUUAGUUGCUGUAUACUUGGAUCCCAAGCUGAAUAAGGUGAACUAUGCCAAAUUUUCAAACGAUGUCGAUCAAGUAUUUACAUUGAAGGGCAUGGAGAAAAAUCCAAAGAUGGACACAAUCAAGCCAGAAGCUCUACUACAUUCUCAAAAAUCAAUUCCAGAACUUACAGAGGAGCUCAACACAUUGUAUGAAAAAUUGAGAUGGGAAUCCAAAACGCAAGGACACAUAAUUAAAAAUUACUUUAAAGAUUUCGACCCGCUUAAUCAUGGAACCGUGACAAGAUCUCAAUUUUUGCAAUGUCUUCCUUUCCGAAACUUAAAUGGAGAAGAGCUUCGAAUGAUCCUCGAUCGGUACACCGAUGAGAAAAUGCAAGCCAACUACUUGAGAUUUCACGAGGAAGUAGAAAAUGACACACCUUUGGAACAUAUUGAACAGCCAACCUUCCAAAGAGCGCCUAUCUCCUAUGAAGAGAACGUUGAAGAGAUUGAAAAAGAAAUCAAAAAAGCGUUGCUAAAGCAUAGAAUUAAAUUGGAUGAAGCAUUUCGCGACUAUGACAGAUUGAGAACAGGAUUUAUUACAAAACCUCAGUUCAUUGCAGCCUUAGGAUCUAUAAAGUUCCACAAAAGGGCUUUUAGCUCCGCUCAACUAGAGGCAGUUGCUGAAAAGUAUCGAGUCGAAGACAAACAUUCAGAAACACGAGUCUCCUACCAAGAAUUUUUGAACAAUAUGAACUCGGUAUUCAACGACAAGGGACUAGAGAGAUUUCCAACAAAAAAGUUUGUCAAUCAAAACCAACUUUUGACACACGAUCGAAAGCCUCUGUCAGAAGAAAAGGAGCAACAAUGCUCUCUAUUACUUGACAAAAUUAGAGACAUUGUCAAAACCAAGAGAAUUUUGAUGAAACCAAUUUUCCAAGAUUUCGAUAAGACAAAGAAGGGUACCUAUUCGACUGACCAUGUCACCAAUUCACGAUUUGAAAGGGCUUUACAUAUGGUUGGUAUUCAUCUUACCUCUGAGGAAUAUGCUGUUCUCCAAGAAAAGUAUGAUGACUUGGGUACGGGUCUAGACGUCAACUACAAAAUGUUCUUGGAAGAUGUGGACGAAAUUUUGGACGGAAGUAACAUACCUUACAAAAAUUUAGAAGUAUCUUCAAGUGGACUGUCUGUUAUCAAUCCAGAAAAGGAACAAAAAACUCUCCAAGAUAUUAUGGAAGACAUUUCUUUUAAAACACUAGUUCACAGAGUGAGGCUUGAAGAAUUCAUGCGGGAUAUGGAUCCAUUGAGAAGCUUUGAGAUUACCCAAAAACAAUUCAGAAGCGCACUCAAUAUGGGUGGCAUACAGUUAUCAGACUCAGAGUUUGAUUUAAUUUGUGCUGAAUUCAUGUCCCCAACUAGGAAAGACUACGUACUGUACAGAAAGUUUUGUGAUCAAGUGGACAGCGUGAUAACUGAGAAAAACUUGGAAAAACAACCAACCCGAGAUCUCACUUCUUCAAAAUUGUUUGCUGAAGCAUCUCUUACCAAAAGAGGCCCGCAAAAAGUGGCAAGUUCCUCUUUCAGUAAGAUGGGAGAGGUUGAAUUACUAUUAACCAAGCUUCGUGAUGCUGUAAAAACAAGAGGAAUAGCAAUGAAGCUUACUUUUGAAGAUUUCGACAAGUUCAAGAGAGGAAAAAUUACAAAGGCUCAAUUUACCCAAGGAUUGGAUAAGCUGUUCAAAUUUUUAAGUGAAUCAGAUUUUAAGUUAUUGCAAGAGGCAUAUUUUGAACCUUUGUCAGGAUAUGUAAAUUAUUACAAGUUUAUUGAGGAUGUGGAUAAGAGCGAAAGAGUUGACGGGUCAACCAAGAGUCUCUAUGGACAGGAGUUAGAAGCUGAAAUGUCCAAGAAUUUUGUGAAUCAAAAAGAUUCCAAAGAGCUGCCCUUGGACGUUUCUACUUUAAUGCAUCGUGUUAAAUCUAUCGUUGUGAAAAACAGAAUCCGAUUGAAGGAAUUCUUUUCUGAUUAUGACAAACUCAGACAUGGCUAUGUCACACGUGCCAAGUUCAGAACGGCUUUAAACGUUGCUAAAUUGGAGUUGAAAGAGCAAGAAAUUCAUAUCUUGGAGGAGUAUUUCAAAUUAGACAAUGAUCCUAAUAACAUUAGCUAUACCGCACUUUGUGAGGAGUUAGAUAGAGCCUUUACAUCUUCUAAUUUGGAGAAGUGCCCAAAGAGUAAGCUCGAAAAGUUUGAGCCAAGACAUUCAUAUCCUUUGAAGGCUGUCAUUCCUGAAAUCAGCAACGAUGUGGAUGAAAACGAGCUGCAAUUCAUUCUUAGUAAGGUUGCACAGAAAGCGGCAGUUAUGCAACAAUUAUUAUCUCACCAUUUUCAAGAUUACGAUCUGCUGCGAAAACAACGAGUCACCAAGAGCCAAUUUGCGUCCGUGAUUGAUUUCUUGAAAUUCAACUUGACUGGUAAACAGUAUGAUGUUCUUCAGAAGAAGUAUGAAGACGAAAGAGGAGAUGUCGAUUAUUACACCUUCUGCCAAGACGUUGACAAAAUAGUUUCCACAUUGUAA